AUGUACAACGGGAUUGGGCUACGCACGGUUCGCGGCUCGGGCACGAAUGGCUACGUACAGCGCAAUCUCAGCUAUGUGAACGCAUCACGCACACGACAAACGUUGGUGAAUAAUCAGCGUGGAGGAUCCUCGGGGGAUUUUGGCGCGCGUGGAGGCGGCAAAAAUCGGCUGCCACCUAAUGCAGAGAUCCUGCUGCAUGAAAAGAAGAGGAAAGUGGAGCUACAUUUGCUUGAAAUGUCUUUAGAGAUGGAGGAACGUGACUGCGAUCCGGAAGAGAUUGAGGAUAAGGUGAAGCGAGAACGCGAGCGGCUGUUGACGCGUCUGCAUGAUGGAAAAGACGGGGGACAAGAGACGACCAAGGACGCAGAAAGCUCACACGCUCGACAGAAGCGCAAAGAGGAGGAGAAUAAGAGGAUUAAGGAUGCAUUUGGUAUCGCCUCGGACUAUAUGGUGGGCGAGAGCUUUGAUCCAAAGAUGCAAGAGCGACGUCGUAAUGAGAGGAAGGAGAGAAGGGAGCAGGAAGAAAAGGAGAUGAAGGAGAAGAGGGAGAAGAAUGAGAAGGAGAAGAAAGAGAAGAGGGAGAAGGAUGAGAAGGAGAGGAAAGAGAAGAGGGAGAAGGAGGAGAAAGAGAGGGAGGAAGCUCGACUGCUUAGAUUAAAAACGAGAGAAGAAAAAGACGCGAAGAUAAACACGAGACGCGAACCAUUUCUUUCCAGAUCGAGGUCCAAAUUGGCCACUCGCUCACGUCGAUCGAGAUCUUUGACAAAUCAUCGCACUCAGAGCCGCGAUGAUGUAAAGUUGCGGAAGUCCCCCUCGCGCUCCUCAGUAACGGAACGACGUUCACGUCGGUCGUCAGCGUCUGAUAAACGAAAACGGCGCUUCGUGUCUUCCUCUCGCAGCAGCAGCUCCAGUCGCUCACGCUCUCGCUCGCGUAGCCGGAAGUUACGAAGUGAAAAGUGUCGUGAGAAGGACUCUCAAGCGACGAAGAUGGUCGAGCGCAAACGGUCCCGUUUCGCCAGUAGAUCAAUUUCGAGCUCAAGCUCUGGUUCUGGGUCUUACCGUAGUGAGCACUUUAGUCGGAAGGCCACGGUCACUAAAGGUACGCAGUUGUCUUUGGGUGCAUCGCCGGCGCGAUCUACUGUUCUCAAGGGCAAACAUAAGGUGUUGAACCUGUCGAAACGUUCCGCGUCUAUCUGUGCGGUGACCAACGAUGAUUCACAUGAAAAAAUAGACAUAAAGGAGGAGAAAAGGAGUGUUUUGUCACCGGAGAGAGAGAAGAGUGCUGGGGAAUCCAGCCCUGUUGUGGCAAAGCGAGAAGUAAAGCACGAGGCAUCCUCCAAGCAAAAAGUUGACGAAACAAAGACGAGUAUUCCAGCCGUCCUUCCGGUUCAAGUGAAAAAGGAAGAGAAGACCGAGGCUUCGCGCUCUUCUCGACGCUCGCCUUCCGCUAUUGCCAACUCACGACCGCAACUUCGCAAGCGCAAGCUGCGCAGUACGUCAUCAGAGGACCGACGUCGUCGCGGGAGAAGCACGAGUAGCACCUCGUCAAAAGCCUCCCUCAGUCCGCGUUACCGACGUAUGUACUCGCCUUCGGCCAGAUCUCGAUCUCCAUCGUCAGAUUCGUCACGCUCUCGCUCUCGUUCGAAAUCUCGUUCUCGUCGACCCAACCCCCCUCGUAGACGCGGUCGCAGCUCUAGCCGCAGUCGUAGUCGUAAUUGCGGCCGUAGCCAUUUCCGAAGCCGUCGCUACUAG